AUGCUUUGCCGGUUGAGAGCUAAUCUUGUGCUUCGCUUCGGCCAGGACGUUUGGAAUCAUACACUUGAGGAGUGGGGCACUCGUGAAGCCGCAGGAGAAAAUUUCUUCACAGUGCUUUUUGAUGCCGCACCGAGCUUGCAAGUCAUAUUCAAAAACCCAAAGGCAGUCACUGCAAUGCGUUUCAUGGCAGGACUGGGCGACGCCAUUGCCGUGGUUGGCAAGGCAACGUUGUUGCGUAAGGAAGUUGAGGCUUUAGCUUUCAGGCACUUGGAGGUGGACGUCAGCUUGGUGAGGGCAGACUUCUUUCGUGAAGCAAUGCUGGAAAUGAUGGAGGAUCGGCUUGGACCUGCCUUCACAGUCAACGCCCGUAUCGGAUUUCAUGCACUUCUCAAUUAUUGCGGUGGCGCUUUUGUGUACGUCAGACGAGAGUACGCAGGCCGCAUCAAGGUGAUCCUCAACAGUUGGAACAUGGUUCAGAAGAGCGAAGUGCUGGCAGCCGCUGAGGAGGUGGAAGCCAUUGAAGGCGAGGGCGAAGAAGAGGGGAACAAAGAAGUUGAAGGAAAGCAGGAGCAGGAGCCGCUUGAGCCUGUGCGACAGAGUUUGAAGCGGUUGAAGGUGGGCAAGGAAAUGAAAGUGCCAACAACCUUCAACGAGAUGCUGCUAUUCAAUGCUUCUGUCAUGGGCUACGGCUCAAGCACAUGGAUGAGCAUUGUCUUGCAGCAGUUCGAUGACAUGGUGCGGAACGUGGCAAACUUUGGCCGCUUGCAAGAGGAAUGCGAUGUGAUGUCCUUGGUGUUGGCUAAAUAUAAAGGAAGGAUCAACCUACCUGAGUUCAAAGCUGUUACUUUGGCAUCCUUGCGCUCCCUUCUGCCAGCAGACUGGGACUCCGAGCAUGAGGUGGCUUGGGGGUGGCUGUGGGAGAACAUUGAGAACCUCUUGAGCGCAAUGCUUGGCAAACCGAAGCAACAAGAAGAUGCCCUUGAGAAGUUCUACAGGCAUAUUGCCGAAGAAGAUUUUCAAAUGCUACGUUCAAAGCUGUUCCCGAACUUCCUGGAGACAAAUCCAGCAGCCCAGAGCUAUGUGACGCAGUCAGCCACGCGAAUCAAUUUUGUGGCAGAAAAGAUUCUGGGCCUGAGCUUGGAUCUGUACCGUUCCCCGCGAAAGCUGGUGGAGGAAAUUUCCGCUAUUGGACUUCGACAUGUUGGUUAUGGCAUCCCCACAGAUAUUUUCCCACAUUUCGUCAGUUCUGGUGUGGAGCUUUUACAAACAUUGACCCAGGCGGAGCUGGCGAUUGAAGCCUUCCGCUGGGCAUUGGCUCUCAUGGCAAAGAUCAUAAUGCGAACUAUCUCAGAAGGUUCCACCCUGGUGAUGAAAGCCAUCAAUGCCAACCAGAAGUCGCAGCUGAAAAAGGCCAUGGAGGUUUGUGCGCGAGUUCAGAGAGCACAAGAGCUGCUGAACAUCACGGCUGGUACUCAAUCGAUUUCGCCCUUCUACUGGGCCAUCGAUAGUGGGGCACUAGUGUGUGCCCAAGCGAUUUUGGAGGAUUUGCUCACAAUCCGUGCAGAUCGUGAUGUCUACUACUAUGGUGUGGAUGCUCUUUUCACUUGCCACCCAGAGUGUGUUCAAAAGCUUUGCGCUCGGGCUCCCACUCUGAUGGCAACUUUGUUGGAUGGCUUGGUAUGGCGCUCACGGCAAACCAAAGAAGGCAUGCGUCGCGUGAAUUACUACGUGAAGCAUUUGAUCCAGGAUUUGGAGGGAAACUUCAGCCCCAAUCUGGAAUGGCUGGUGGAGCAUAGCGAUCCAAAGAUCAUCCGGCACUCCACUGUGAUUCUGUUCUCAGAUGUUCUGUGGCAUCGCGUUGCCAGCUACAAGUUCAUUUUGUCCAAGAUCUAUUUCCUACUGAUCUUGGGGGUCUUCAUCACCGGGCAAUCUGCUUUGUUGAACCACAAGCUUGGCAAGAGUCAGACGCUUGGGGAAGACAUUGCGAUGUUUUCAUGUCGUGUCUUCAAUUACAUCUUCUCCAUGUGCAAGCUCAUUAUCAGCCAAUCCAACAAACUCUUCAGAGACUUGGGCAACAGGGAGAUCAAAAGACUUUGUGGUAUCCCCCUGCCAGCCUACAUUUUCCAGUUGCAAGAGAUUGCCAAUGUGACACUACUGGUUCUGCUUUUGGCCAUGUGUACGCAGGAGCCUUACUUUUGGUGCCUAAACGAUGGCUUCGGAAUCACCAUGGAGUGUGACUCAGGACAAGACCGCAUGGAAUUCUACACCAUUUGUGCUUUCCUUGCGAUGAUGCUCUACUGGGCUCUGCUUUCAGACUUGGCCAUUUUUUCAAUGCGCAUCUCUGCAUUCGUCCUGGUGUGCGGGCGUGUGGUGAUCGAAGUGGUGCUUUUCUUGACGGCGCUUUUCCUGCUGGUCUUGGCCUUUUGCACAGCGAUCAGCACUUUGUACUAUGAAAUGCCAGCAAAGGAAGGUGCUCAUGUGUGGCUAGAGGAGCUGAUUCGGAUGUCUUUGGGGAUGUACUCGCCAGAGGCUUAUCAAAUCAUCAUCUCGACCUCAGUUCUCGUCACCAUUCCAGUAUGCAUGUUCCUGUUCAUCGUUGGCAUUUGUUUGACCAACCUUCUGGUCGCCCAGCUCUCGCAAUCGUACCAUGAUGCGUAUUCCAAUAUGCAGGGCUAUGCGCGACUAAACAGGGCAAGCAUCACCAACACCACCGUGCAGGGCAUUUCUGUCAAGAGAUGGACCAAAUUCCUGGAGAGUCUGAAGUUGGACGAUCCAUUGGAAUUCAAUGAGGGCGAUGUUGGCUUGUCAGGUGGCAUUCAAGUCUUGGAACCCUCCAAUGCUCACAUUGUCACGGAGGAUUGCAGAACCUGUCCCAGACAUUAGUGUUUAUGGUGCAGUAGGCGUGGGGCAAAGAAAGCGAGCAAGGGGAGUAGCUGCAGACACUCUCCACGUCUCUCUAUCAUAGCUUUCAGCCAGAGAAGACGUGCGAAGGAUGCAACGUGACAGAAACCAACAUAUAAGGGCGAAAUAGGGCGAAUGGCGAAGGAUUAUCAGUUUUAGCCACCUGCUGGCCCUCAGCCUGCGGCGGGCGGAACCAUAGGUCGGGAUUGCAAUAGAGAGAGAG